AUGGAUGAAAUAAACAGUGAUCUGUUAACUUCCUCAGAAACGUUAACAAUAUCGGAUAUUCUUAAUGAGCCAAUUGCAACAACGUCUGUGAUAUUAAACAAAACAAAUACAACAUCGUUAACAGAUGUUUCGAGUUUAUCUUUUCUUCAUGCAGAUAAUAUAGUAGAUAAAAAUCAAUCAAUCAAUUACAAUAGUUCGAAAGGAUUAUCGUUUGUACAAGUUGAACGGGAGCAACAGUGUAUUUAUGAUGAUGGGAAUAAUGUACUAGCUGAAAAAUCAUCGAAAUUAUACUAUAAUCCAUAUUCCAGAACAUGUUCAUGUCCUUCAUCAACAUGUUAUUCGUGUACGUGCACAAAAGCAAAGAGACAAAAAAAUCAAAAAACAUCUCAUUCGUCUUCGAAAAGACCAUCAUCUAUUUCUUCUUAUUCUUCUCAAUCACUACGAUUACGACAAACAAGUUCUUUUGACUAUUAUCAGCGAAUAAAUGCUAAUAAUCGUUCAAAACAUUAUUCAUCGCCACUUCUUCGUCAAAUAGAUAGUUCGUACACUUUAUUGUCAUCUCAUUUUAAAAAAUUAAAGAAAAAUGAAGAUUCUAGUAGAAAUAAAAUCAAUCAUCAAAAACCACACUUAUAUAAUGGUACAAUAUAUUGUCUAAAUUUUAUCUAUGAUUUUUUUUUCAAAUUAAUAUGGCAAUCAUUAAUGUUUACAAAUGAAAUUGAUAUGAAACAGCAACGUAAUAAUUCGGCUGAUAUAAAUAAUAGUAAAACAUCUAAAGCAAAACUUGAACAACAUUAUCGAAAAUUGCCGAGAUGUUUUUCUUUUUUGGAUUAUGAUAAUCAUUAUCGUAGUACAAAAAGGCUACAGAAAGAAUUAUUUGAACACUAUUUACCAAGAUGUGAUGAUACAUUUUAUUAUCAUGCAAAACAACAUCCUCAACAACAUUUACCAAAGAGUAAUUCACAUUAUACCACUGAUGGUCAAAAUUGUGAUCGACCAUUAUUCGAUAAAACUCGUGUAACAGUUCGAUCCGUUUCGAAACAAAGAAUUUAUACACUACCACAACAACAAUCGCUCCAUAUUCAAAAAAUACAAUUCAUACAAAAUUGUGUGGGCUCCACUAAUACUCACGUUACUGUUAUUCCGGCAAAUCAUCAUACGCAAAAAUCCACGUCAUCUUGUAAUCAAGACACGCCAAAACCUGAUUCUGAAACAGUUCAGUUAGAUUUAGAUCAACUAAUAACAACUGUAGACGAACAAAUACCCCAACAUCAUAGCCGUGAACAGUUUUAUUCCAAUACCUUAAAACUACCAGAACAAACGACCGAUGAUCUGUGCCGAAUAAUACACGAGCCAUUGGUAUUCAUGGAACGCCCCAUGUUUCGUUCACACGGUGUUCCUAUGUGUUAUCCUUCGAUUCCACGUACACCAUCUCAUUUUUAUUGUCCAAUACCGUGUGGAAAGGAUUUUCCAGCAUCCGAGAUACCCCAAAAGUCAGAUCAUUGUUCACCAACGUCACUCGAAAAACAAAUACAACAACAUUCAACGACAGAUGUAUCUGGUACUCAUGCGAAGUCCGAACACAACAUAUACAAUAUUGAUGCAGUUAUAGGGUCUAGCACAGGAUUAGAAAGUAGCGUGCCGCCAGUAUUAGAUUUAGAUCCGUCACAAAAUUCCAUAGAUGGUAUUAUCCUUCAAAAAAGUUACAGACUUAGUAAAGCAAACAAUCGAACACCGUUGUUAAAUGCGAAUGAUUUUGAUCCCUUGUUGCCAAGAGUUGAAUUUCAGAAAGGUUUAACGUCCAAGACAUCGAAUAAUCCUACUAACAUAGUUGAUAAUCCUAGUACUGUUUAUAAUCGAUAUUUAUCACGCCCCAUUUCAUUGCCAGUAUCACCAAAACGUUUAACAUCAUAUUCAUCUCAGGAACCAAGGAGGACAGAAUAUUAUCAUGAUGAUAUAAUUCCAACAGUUUCAUUGAACGGACAAACUAUUCAUCAACAGAAUUUUAUUUCAAGUGUACGACAAACAACGUUACCACCAAGAAGUUCACAAGUGGACACAUAUGCACUGAAAUUAAUAGGGAAGAUGGCAUUAUCUCCUUUGAAGAAUUCUCUAAUUUAUAGGAACACUAUUUAUCCAACAUUAUCCUCUCAAAAAUCUUCCACUAUAGAACAAGAUUAUAUAACAGAAACUAAAGUGAAUACAACUAUUCUAAAAUCAUCUAAAACCACGGCCAAUAGUCGAUUUUCACCACCAAUAUCACCUAUUCAGUUACAGACUCCAUCAAAAAGUUCACCAGAUGAAUCGAACAUAUUAUCUUUUUCGAACAACGCACAAUCGUUUCACAAUGAUAACAAGAAACAAGAGAACUAUGUCGUUAAAGAUACUGUAAACAAAACUCGACCAUUAUCAUUUUUAAACGAUUCAAAUGAAAAUAGUUCCAAUCGAAAAUUAACUAAAAUAAAAUCGCGAAAAUGUGAACAAUCGAACCAAAGGACAAUUGAUCUAUCGUCACAACAUAUCUCAAAACGAAAUUCAAAUAAAAAGUUAUUAGAUGAUCAUCCAUCAAUCUAUGCCGAUGUACCCAUAAUGAUAAUUUCAAAUACUAAUAAUCAUCCUAUAAAACAAAUUCAGAUUAGCAACAAGUAUCUUUCCAUAAAACAAUUAUUGAACGAGUCUCUAGAAGAAUAUCAAGAUGAUGGAAAUAUCGAUAAAACAAAUCACAAACCAUUAUCUGAUACUUCAAAUGUUUCACGUACAAUAUCGAUGAUAACACAGGAUACAGAUGAAUUAAAAAGAUCUACACAACGUUCAAAUAAAAUUCCUCUAUGUGAACAAUUGUGUGAGAAAUUGGAUUUGAAUGAUCUGACAGACGUAGAGACGGUGCUCAAGGUCUUGGAAAAAAACGCACCAAAUGUAUUAAAAUUACCAUUAUCUCACCAUUUGAAUUUCACACUAGAAGGCCAUGAUGCUGUUCAUGUUUGUACUGAUAGUAGCGUACAAAUUUUAACUGAAGAUGCUAAAGUGGACAAAACAUUUGUUCAUGUAGAUAAUUUAAAUUAUACAAACUCUGCUGCUCAUACAAAUACAAACGACGAAACAAAUCAAAAAUAUGUUACACGCAACGUUGACUGA